AUGUACGGCGGCGGCGAAGAUCCGAAUCCGAAACAAAAACCCAUCGUGAUCCGGGAAGUGUGGGCCCACAAUCUCGAAUCCGAAUUCGAGCUGAUCCAGAGCGUCAUCGACGCCUACCCUUUCAUCUCCAUGGACACCGAGUUCCCGGGCCUCAUCUUCCGCCCUGCCGUGGACCCCACGAGGCCAUACAGCAGCCAACUCCGGCCGUCUGAUCACUACAGGGUCCUCAAAUCAAACGUCGACGCCCUCAGCCUCAUCCAGGUGGGCCUCACCCUCUCCGACUGCCGCGGCAAUCUCCCUGACCUCGGCGGCUCCCCCACGCGCUUCAUCUGGGAGUUCAACUUCAGCGACUUCGACGUCGCGCGUGACCCCCACGCUCCCGACUCCAUCGCCCUCCUCCGCCGCCAGGGCAUCGACUUCGACCGCAACCGGUCCGAAGGGGUCGAUUCUGCCCGGUUCGCCGCGCUGAUGAUGUCAUCGGGGCUCGUCUGCAACGACUCGGUGAGUUGGGUCACGUUCCACAGCGCGUACGACUUCGGCUACCUGGUCAAAAUUCUCACGCGCCGGAACUUGCCCAGUGGCUUGGACGAGUUUUUGAGGAUUUUGAGGGUCUUUUUCGGAAACAGAGUUUAUGACGUGAAGCACAUGAUGCGCUUCUGUAAGAGCUUGUACGGUGGGUUGGACCGGGUUGCUAGAACCUUAGAGGUGGACCGGGCGGUCGGAAAGUGCCACCAGGCCGGUUCGGAUAGCUUGCUGACAUGGCAUGCGUUUCAAAAGAUGAGGGAUAUGUAUUUUGUGCAUAGCGGGCCUGAGCAACACGCUGGAGUGUUGUAUGGGUUGGAAGUGUUUUGA